CUCUUGGUCAUGGCAAGAUGGCGCUGUGGUUGGGUCAGGAGCCACGCGAGGCGUUGUUCAUCGCUAAGUAGUGCGGAAACAGAAUCUAGCCGCGACAUCGGCAGACAUCAGAUGAUUCUAGCAUGCGGACCACAGUGGAGAUAUCAAAUAUGGUCCUCAUAUCGAGGGUUUGCAAUACAAAAACGUCUCUCGCUCUCUGUAAAUCUCAGAAGGCCACUCAGAACUGGUACUCAUUAUGGCUAUGGACAAAGCAGUCCUUGAAUCUACCUUCGUGGAGAGCGGACAAGCACAGUCCGAAAAGAUAGGAUUCGCUUCUACGACCACCGAGAAGCCUCCUAAUGAGUACACCGACGCUGCUUUACCGGCCGACCGGGUGCAAGCUGGAGAUGUCCGGUAUGCUCUACACCGCAAAGAUCGGCUCAUACUGCUCAUUUGCAUCUGGAUCACUACCUUCGUGCUCGGCCUCUCGAUGCAGACGAUGUACCCUUUGCUGCCUUACGUAUACAGCUCCUUCAAAGCACACUCUCUCAUGCCAACGGCCUUCGUUGUCUCCAGCGUCGUUGGAGCAGUCAUCAGGCUACCGCUGGCCAAAGUCCUUGAUCUCUGGGGGCGUGCUCAAGGCCUAGCGAUUGCGCUGGGGUUGUUCACCAUCGGUUGCAUCGCCAUGGCAGCGUCCCAAAACGUCGUGACCUACGCCGCGGCGAUGGUGUUGUAUAUCACCGGCUACGACGCGUUCUCCUACGUACUAUUUGUCCUGAUCGCCGACCACUGGAAUCUAAAAGACCGAGGCCUCAUUUUUGGCUUCUAUCAGACUCCAUGGAUCGCGACAACAUACAUUGGACCCGUGCUGGCCGAGAGAUUCUUGUCUUUCUCUACUGGUUGGAGAUGGUCGUUUGGGGUAUUUGCCAUCGCAACCCCUCUGGUGGGAGCGGGUAUGGUGGUUUUCUUGGCUAGGAAGCAGAAGCAAGCGAUACGACAAAGCUCUCCUUCACGGGAUGCCCCAUUCUUGUCAAAUUUGAAGCACUAUUUGGUUCAAAUCGAUGUUCUCGGUCUUUUCCUCCUCGCCUCCGGCUUCUCGCUUUUCCUCCUCUCACUCAGUUUGCACACCACCGCCGGCAAGGGCUUCGAGUCCCCAUCCAUCAUCUCCAUGCUUGUCAUUGGCAUCGUUCUCAUGAUCUGCUUUGGUAUAUGGGAGAGAUACUUCGCAUCCGUCACCCUCAUCCCCUUUGCAUUAGUGAAGGGCCGGACCAUCAUUGGCGCCUGUCUGGUGUACGCGACGACGUAUUUGAUGUACCAAGUCUGGUCACCUUACCUCUCUUCCUCCCUGCAAGUGGUGCAGGACCUCAACGUUGUCCAGGCCGGUUACAUCUACAAUAUUCACAGCAUCGGGUGGUGUAUCGCGAGCUUUGCCGGUGGGGCGAUCAUCAAGUUCACCGGAUGGUACAAAGGCCUGGCUCUGUUCUUCGCCAUUCCUCUGCAGAUCCUCAACACCGGACUCAUGAUCUAUUUCUCAAAGACCACAACGGCCACCGGGCUAAUAGUCAUGAGUCAGAUCUUCAUUGCAUUCGCCGACGGCUUGCUGUACGUCACGUCCGACGUCGCCUUAUUGAGCAACGUCACCCCUCAGCACUUUGCCAUCAUACUUGCCGUCUACAACCUCACCGGCUCGUGCUUCCAAGCCAUCGGUUCAACCAUCUCCAUCGGCCUGUGGACGUCCUUUUUCCCCGAAGCCCUGCUGCGCAACUUGCCCGCCGACGCGCUGCAGAAUAUGUACCUCAUCUACGCGGACAUCACCACGCAGUUGUCGUACCAAGUGGGAACGCCUGUGAGGCAGGCGAUCCAGUUGAGUUACGAGCAAGCGAUGAGGAAGCUGUUCAUCACGGCGACUCCACUGGGUGUGCUGAUGGUCGUAGGUGCGGCCUUGUGGAAGAAACGGACACUGUAAGCCUUUGGGGUUGGUCUGCGGAUUCUUUAGAAUAACGUUGUCGGGGGAGAGGGGAAGAGGGAGGAGGCCCAAUGUCGUUGCGGUUACGUACUUGUGGCCUUUACCAAUCGCCUCGCUCUCACAGAUAUCUAAGAAGCAACAUAGAAUCGGUUCCCAACCAUCACAUUUUCUCAGCGAUCGUGACGUACACGGCGGCCGGAUCUCCCAGCAGCACCAGCGUUGAACCACGUUAAAUCCUACAUUGGAUGAAUUUGGGAAGUAACCUUUCAAUACGUACUAGGUACUUCUUUGCCUAUCUAGAAAUACUUAUUACCUAGUCAGGUAUACCUCUACAGUGCUUACUUGAAACGUUUCCUAAGUACAUUGUACUCAUAGUACUAUACAAUCUGUCUAUCAAUUAUAGCCUCUUUCAUAAAAGGACUGCGUGCUCUAAUUCUCCUUCCAAAGGGAAUAAUGACCACCGGAAUGAAAGAGAGCAAUAAAGCGAGAAACCCUAGCAGUGUACUCGCCCAUUGAAAGCCAAGGUUUGAGUACAUGGCCAUAGUCGAUAAGGGUAGAAAAGCGGCAAAAAUAUUCUCUCCAAGGACAACGGCAGCAACGGCACUU